AUGGAUCCGCAGGCGCUGAGUGAGCCAGAAGUGAGUCCGCCAUUUCGAUCUGUAUAUGAGACAUCGCCGGUUGCGCCGCAUGUGAUCCAAAGGAGACUCGUACAGAUCAACCUGAGUCGGCGGAUUUCUCGUGAAAGUGACGGCACGACAGGGAGAAGGUGGACAAUCCAAGGACAAUCGUGGAAGGACGGCUGCGACCAGAGACUUGGCCCAUCAGGUGGAGCCCACAGUGAUUACCGCGACCGGCGUUACGUCAAACCCCUCUCUUUCCUGCCCACCGUAUCGACCAUUGCAAGCGUCCUUUUCAUCGAAAUAAUGUCUUCUAACGACAGCAACAACGUUCGCCACUCCAAGCCAAUUGCCAUUGAUCCGCAUCGCCAACCUCGUCGUCGUUCGGACUCGGCCUCAGACUCAUCCUCUUCCGACGAUUCAUCUCCUUCACCGAGUUCUCCCCCCCCACAGUCCGGGUUUCCAGGUACCCAGCCUCACAUCAUACCCAUGUCUCCUACGACUUCCCCUAUCUUGUCCUAUUUUUUGAGUGGGCAGUCACCGAAGUCUGCAAGCACUACAUUCCCAUUCCGGCGUAACGUCGGUGUUCCUGUACCGGAAGAUGAUGAGGUGGCUGAUAACGAGAGCAAGGCUACGAAGCAUGGUCGUCGCGCGAGCACUGCGUGGGCUGGGGGCGAGCGUUUUGCCCAGCCCCCUCCUGUAUCGGGCACCCAACAGGAGAGAGCGGCAGGUCUUUUACGCCGUCUAUCCUUGGGCGGCACACUCGCCAGGCCACAGUUUCCCAAUUUGAAGCCAGUCAGUGGAGCUAAUGGUGCUACCGCGGCUUCGACCACGCAGCGCCCAAGUACGCCACCUAACUCGCCCGCUGUGGAUACAACUCCUCGUAGACCGCGGCGGGCGAAUACUGUCAACCCGAGUGCACCAAGGCCCCCGCGAGCGCCAUCGCCCAUGGGUGAACGCAUCCUGUCGGGGCACUUCGACGGUUUCAACUAA